AUGGAUGAUAUCGGUGUAGAUGGGACAGUUGAGGGUGAAUGUACUGUAUUGUACCCAGCAUGCCCACACCCAGGGAAGAAUCUCCCAGCUGGUUGGAAAGAUGCUCUUCAACAGUGGCUAUAUGGAUUAUUCCUCGCUAUAGAUGUGAACUUCCGCUUAAAACGCAAGGCUGUUUCAAGUGACAGUGUUGACCCAAGCCUGAGUCGCGGCUGGGGAUAUUUUGUCGAGGAUAAAGCAUAUAAAGAUUUCUUGCACAGUGGUGCGGACAGCAUCCAGGAGAAAUCAAUGUGUUCAAGUCACAAUGCUGUAAACAUGGCCGAUACGAAAUCUAACCGUGGACUCGCUACCACUGGUUUAGGUACUGUCGACUGUGCCCGCCAUAACAUGAAACUGCCCAAUGCCGUUGGGGAUCUUCAAAAGGGUGAAAGAUAUAUUAACAUGGACUACUUGUUUUUCUCAGCACUACAUCAUACUGUACUCGACACUCUCAAUGUAUCCUACGACAUCGCAGAAGGGAAGAUGGUUCAGCAAAGCAACACUCUCCAACGGAGGAUUGAUACCUGGAUGAAGAUGCAGGAACUAUACAUGCCGUCGCUCGCUGCGCUACGUGUGAGCAAGAGUUCAGUAUCUGGCAGCAUGACUGCUGCACCAGAAGCAAUCAAGCUCUGGCUGCCAUCCCAGAUCAGCAGGACCACACCUUGCAACAGCCGCCUCCAGGCCAUCAAAUGGAAGCUGCGGUAUGCACAAGCUCACGAUGCACUUCGCUCUCUGCAUUCAAACUUACGUGCUCAGACUGCGAUCCUCAAGUACAAGGACUGCAACCUCCAUGGACAAGGAGCAAACACAAGGGCACGGAAUACAUUGAAAGCUGUUGAGGCGAGGAUUGAGGCUGCUGCCAGGACUUAG